AUGAUAUAAUAGAUUAAAAAAUAUUACGAAUUAGAAGAAUUUAAAAGUUCUUCACUUUUAUCUCAUUAGGUUAUCCAUAUUAAUCUCAAUGAAAAUUAAAUUGGUGAUCAAGAUGCAUCAGGCUUAGGUUCUGCUUUAGCAAAUUGCAUUAAUCUCUCAAAUUUGACACUUGAUCUUGGUUACAAUUAAAUUGGUGAUGAAGGUGCAUCAGGCUUAGGUUCUGCUUUAGCAAAUUGCAUUAAUCUCUCAAAUUUGACACUUGAUCUUGGUUACAAUUAAAUUGGUGAUGAAGGUGCAUCAGGCUUAGGUUCUGCUUUAGCAAAUUGCAUUAAUCUCUCAAAUUUGACACUUCACCUUGGUAACAAUUAAAUUGGUGGUGAAGGUGCAUCAGGCUUAGGUUCUGCUUUAGCAAAUUGCAUUAAUCUCUCAAAUUUGAAUCUUGUCCUUGCUCGAAAUUAAAUUGGUGCAAUUGGUGCAUCAGGCUUAGGUUCUGCUUUAACAAAUUGCAUUAAUCUCUCAAAUUUGACACUUGACCUUUC